AUGAGAAACGCGGUUCUUAUAUUAUCGCUGGUAGCUGCAGCAGUGGCUGAGGCGCCCUACCAUUUGCCUCGUCCAUCGUUCCACGCACCGGCCUUCAGUUACCCUCAACCAGCGCCGGCGCCACCACCACCAGCCCCGCCAGCAAUACCACCUCAUGUUAAUUCCUUUCCGCAAUUGCCACUUCAACAUAUACCACUGCAAUCAUUUAAUCCCCAGUCCGUUCCCCAACUUAAUUUAAUCCAAUCGGGUUAUCAUUACGCGCAACCAUUACCGCAAAUCCAAUUUCAACCACAAAUUCAAACUCAACAACAAGUUCCCGUGCACUCUAUACCACAAAUAUCCUACUACGCAUCCCCACAGCCGCAGCCGCUGCCAGUAAGCUUUCCUCGCCCACAACAAAUUUAUCAACAACCCAGUUCCUCUUACGGUCAACCCCAAGCACAGCUUCCGUUGAUACACAUACCCCAGCCUCCCGUAGAGCCAGUGAGACCGCUCCCUGCUCUCCCUAUACCGGAUCAGUCAAGGCCCAUCGCGUUUUCCCACCAGCCUCAUCAGUUCAGUUCAGGGCAAGGUUAUUCUUACCAGCAGCCACAAUUUGCUCCGAUCCCACGCAUAUCCCAGCUGCCGCUUCAAUCCCAGUCAUUGGGUAACUUAUCUCCGUCAUCUCUAUCAAGUUACAACGCCGACUCCAGCCAGUACAACACGCCUGACCCCCCCCCCCCCCCCCCCCCCCCCCCCCCCCCCCCCCCCCCCCCCCCCCCCCGCAGAGUCAGACACAUCGCGAAGCUCUUGAUUCGA